CUCACCUAUGUUCGGAAACAUGUCUUCGGCUCACAAGCGCGCGUGCUACAAGUGUGGCGAGUUGGGUCACCAGGCCGAUGGCUGCCCAGCUCCCGCCCGUCUCUGCUACAACUGGCAAGCAGCCCCCACGAGUCGAACGAGUGCCCCCUGCCCCGCACCACCAAGUCCAAGCAGUGCUACCACUGCCAGGGUGUUGGCCACGUCCAGGCUGAGUGCCCUACCAUGCGCCUGAACGGCGGCCCCGGCGGUCCUCACAACCGCUGCUACACCUGCGGACAGCCCAACCACAUUGCCCGCAACUGCCCUAGCGCUCAGGGCGGCAUGGCCCCCGGCCCCAUGCCCGGCCGUGGUGGCUUCGGUCCUGCCCGUGGCGGCUUCCACCCCGGCGGCGCCCGCCACGCCACCUGCUACAAGUGCGGUGGCCCCAACCACUACGCUCGCGACUGCCAGGCUCAGGCUAUGAAGUGCUACGCCUGCGGCAAGCUCGGCCACAUCUCGCGCGACUGCACCGCUCCCAACGGCGGUCCCCUCAACACUGCUGGCAAGACCUGCUACCAGUGCGGUGAGGCUGGCCACAUUUCCCGGGACUGCCCCAAGCGCAACGGUGCUAACGGUGCCGACGCCCCCGAGGUUGACCUUGGAAACCCCCAGGUUGCGCAGGCUCCUGCUCCCGGUGCCCCCCUUGCUUAA